CCCAGCUAACGUUAGUCACCUCGCUGACAUUAUCAACAACGAAUUAGAAUUUGUAACAUAUCAUACAAAUUGUAAUUCAUAACAUAUCAUAUGAAAUGGAUGAUGGCCAUCCACAAAUUAAUACAUGCCAUUCAAAAUGUAAUAUAUGAUACUAAAUGGUCCAUUUUGAGUACAACACACCUAAAUUGUUUUACUAUCAUUUACUGCAAGGCUGCCCAGCAACCCUUUUCCUGGAGAUCUACCGUCCUGUGGGUUCAGUCUAACCCUAAUUUAGCACACCUGUCUGGGUGUAUUCACUUGGAACCAAACAGAAGCAAACAGUACAACCUACCUGAAUCUUCCCAAUAGAAACUCGUCUUUUUGUUGCAAAACGUGUUCUAUUUGCUAUACAGUUUGGACUAAUGAUUACACCCCAGAUUGUAUGUAUAGGCCUAAACUGCUCACCAAGACCUAGCUGAAUCAGGUAUGCUAACUUAAUCCAACAUUGGACAAAAAAAACCUACAGGAUGGUAGAUCUCCGGGAACAGGGUUAAGCUGCCCUAUAGGCCUGACAUUGGAACAGGUCUUUACUGGAACUGAUUCCUGUCACCUGGGUUUAUUUUCAGUGUAACACACCCUUACUACCAUAAUUUACUGGAACACGGCAGGCUAAAGACCGUAGAUACCAAAGUUUUCAGGAAAUGAAUGAACAAUGCCAAUCACAAUUUAUAGCUUAGUUCAUAGCUACCAUAAAAAAUCCCCUUAUCGUUGCUCUAUGUCACGUAACGUUCCUUGGUGAAAGCAUAGGGGAGGGGACAGUAUAUAAAGAGCGGAGCAACCUCUACUCCACUCAUCACUCCAUCACUGGCCGACCUGAGAAAAGUCUACCUGUGACUUGCCUACGACUACAGUUAACCAGCAAAAUCACCAUGAAGGUCCUGAGCAUCUCUGUAUUACUCUGUGUGGCCUUGACUCUAAGGGAAGCAGCAGGGCAGCAGCAGGCUGUGGCAGUGGAACAACUAAGCAUUGUUCCAGUUCUAGAGGAGGCUAAAGAGACUGGGCCACUGAAGCCACUGGGUGACGCUCCAAUGGAGACCACAGUAGAACUGGUCGAAAACAAAGUAGAGCAUGCUCUACCUGAAGAAGGGGAAGCUGAGGCUGAUGCUCUUGCGCUGGUCCAACCACCAGCGAUAAAGUUUUUGCACUGCCCUGAUGGUUGGUACCUACAUCAGUCGCGCUGUUUCCUCUUUGUGAACUCAUACUUGCCGUGGCACAACGCAGAGGAACACUGCAACACUCUGCAUGCAAACCUGGCCUCCGUUCAGAACCCCCGACAGUAUCGCUUCCUGCAGCAGUUAACGACAAUGGCCAACCGGCACAGCGCGUGGAUCGGUGGAUUCUAUCUCCAAGACAGGUGGCUGUGGAUCGACCGUGUAGGAUUCUACUACGAAAACUGGUACACACACCUUGAUGUGGACCGCAACGCUUGCAUCCAUCUGCGCACCUCAGUGGGCUGGUCAAAUGCUCACUGUGGCACAGGUCUCCCAUUCAUCUGUGUGAAAAUGUCCUGUUAGUCAAGAUUGUGCUUCCUGCCAGCAGCAUGAUUUCAGUACGAUAAAGAAUUGUUAGUUGGUUGAUGUUGUUUCUAACUGCUUUCAGCAUUUUAGCGUAAUGAAUCCAGGCUGCAUCACAUCCGGCCGUGAUUGGGAGUCGUAUAGUGAGGAGCACAAUUUGCCCUGUGGUCCGGGUUUGGCCGGGGUAGGUCGUCAUUGUAAAUUCCAAUUUGUUCUAAACUGGCUUGCCGAGUUAAAGGUUCAAUAAAAAAAAUAAAAAAAACAUUGGUUUUAUUACUGACUUUAUUCAGUCACCCUGGAUGUCUGCCAAAAGGCUAAAUGUGACUUAGGCAAUAUGCAGUCAUAGGAUUCCAUUGAUCCAGGUUUAUUCU